AUGGCGAAAUCAAAGUACGAAUAUGUUAAACAGUUUGAAAAGGAUGAUUCUUUAAUUCCCAAUACUUGGCUUGUCAUUCGUUUAGAUGGACAUGGUUUUCACAAAUUUUCAGAUCGUCAUCAAUUUGAAAAACCAAAUGAUCAUCGUGCUUUAGAUCUUAUGAAUAAAUGUGCCGAAGCUGUAAUGAUUGAAAUACAUGAUAUCAUUCUCGCCUAUGGACAAAGUGACGAGUAUAGUUUCAUAUUGAAGAAAGAAAGUAAUCUGUUUAAUCGACGAAGCGCAAAGAUCGUAUCUACGAUAGUUAGUUUAUUCACAUCCAAUUAUGUAUUUCAUUGGAAGACGUAUUUUCCUGAUAAAGAAUUACAAUAUCCUCCAUCAUUUGAUGGUCGCGCGGUUCAAUAUCCAUCUAAUAAUAAUUUAAGAGAUUAUUUGAGUUGGCGACAAGCAGAUUGUCAUAUAAAUAAUCUGUAUAAUACUUGUUUUUGGGCACUGGUUCAUUCUGGAAAGACAGAAAAUGAAGCCGAGAACGCGUUAAGAGGCACAAUAUCUUCUGACAAAAAUGAAUUACUUCAUUCAUCAUUCGAUAUAAAUUAUAAUAAUUUACCUGAAAUGUACCGAAAAGGUUCUGUACUGAUUAGAAAAGAGGCUAAUCUCAUGACUCUUAAUCAGAAAGGCGUCGAAGUCAUUAGGAAAAAAAAGGUUGUUACAACAUCACAUGUAGAUAUAAUUCAUGAUAAAUUUUGGAAGGAAAAUCCCGAGUUAAAUGUAUCUGUGUAA